GCGGCGACGGUUUAAACGAGUAGUGGACAACAGUGUAAAUAAACGUAGCUUUUUUUACAGAAUAUACAACCGAUUUAAUAUACAAUAUCUGCAUAUUGACUUUUUAUUUGCUUUUGAAUCAUUUGAUGGACGCAACUUCAAUACAAAGGCUAUGUUAGCUCUUCCGUAGUUAGCGGCUAAUUCGGUCAUUUUUGCUGUGACGAGUGUAUUUAAAAAAAAAUAGCUGCCAUGAUUUCCAUUGGACAACAAACUAAUGAUAGGGAGUGGGUUGUUUUACGCUCACCCACCCAUAGCAGUGGCUAUUUAUCCGCUGGGACCUCCCAAACUAAGCUGUUGUUCAAUGAAGCUGUUCCCGCAAGCAUCAGCAACCGUGCCACCGUUGUGGGUCCACCAGCCCCCAUUGUGAUCGAAAAGCUGCUUCCCCUGUCAGGGCAGCAGGAGAAGGGGGACAGCGUCAAAAGCUUGCUCAGCUUCAGCAGUCUGUCUGAAGAGAAGCUACAAGCUGCUGUAAAUCUGGCCAAGAGAGACCUGAGAAGACGACGGUUCAAUACCAUGUACAAAUCCCCUGCCAAUGUAUCUAUAUCGGACACAAUAGAUGUGGCCCUGCCUCAGGAGAUUACAACCAGUGUGAAUCUAAAGGAGAGACUGACCCGACCUGGAUCCAAACAUCCAGUAGACACAACCAAGAAGCGCCCCAUUGCUUCCAAGCCAAGUGGCCGCUCGCUACCCACAACAAGACAUCCUGUCUGUAGGCCAGUGGGAGCGGUAGACCAACACAGUGUCUUAAGAGAGGAGAUCCGCAUGCUUCAAAAUGAGCUGGAAAAUCUAAAAAAGAAUAGAGCAACCAGUUUGAGUGGUGGAUGCACUCCAAAGCAAAGCGCAGAGGACACAUCCAAGAAGCCUAAGUCGUCCUGUACACAACAUUAUGUUGUUGCGGGCCAGCAGGAUCUUUUAAGCCAGGAGAUGCACAAGCUUGACAAAGAGCUGGAUAACAUUAUCCACCAAGUGGAAACACUGGCUGACAGAAAAGGAGAGGAGUCGCUGGAACCCGAAGAACAAAAGAAGUUGGAGGUUCGCUGGCAGAAUCAAGCAGUGCACUCAGCACGUAGCAUCUAUGCUCUCCAACAACAGAUGAGAGAGAUACAGCAGUACAUAGAGAAGUUGCACAACCAGGACAUAUGGGAAGCUAAAAAGUCCACAGCAAUCCAACGGCUCGCAGGUGCCCAUCGUGGGACUCUGAAGGCUUUGCAGGUUAUUGUUCACCAGCUCUCCGAGCAGUUUUAUGGCAAGCUCCCGUCUCAUUGCAAAGAGCUGAGCCGGCUAAUUUGCCAGCUCUCAUUGUGCUCAGCCAAGAUACAAGUUGAGCCGGGUUCAGCUAUGCCCGAAACCGCUGUCAGCAUCCUGAAGAAACUAGAGAUUUUGGAUUCUGCCAUCAGUAAACAUGAGAUGCUGCAAAUGCAAAAGAUGCAAGACCAAGCUUGUCAUUCACAGAAGAAGUCCAGUUAUCACAGUUUGUCACCUACCAGAGCACCUAAGGGGCGGGGCAGAGCACACGGCCCUGCUUAUGCCACAAAUCCCACAAGACGUAUCCAGGCUCAGAGGAUGGCGGCACAGAAGCAAAGAGGACCACAGAGGCCGGCACAGCACAGGGCGCUGGAGGAACUGCAUGUAUCUGAAAACAAAAGCAAAAAAGUGGGGUUACCACAGAAUGAGAAGAGCAAGUCUCCUCCAAAAAUGCUGGGCAACCAGAAGAAGGAUGCACAUUUCAAGCAGCCCACCGUGUCUUCUCGACUUCGGGUGAAUCAGCCUCCACAAAGGGAGCCGUCAGUGCCGUGGAUACCUGCGUCAUCUCACUCUCUUUCACCGCCACGCGCUCAUCAAAAGAUGUCACCAGAGCCCAGAUGUCUCUCGUCUCCCGCAAAGCCCUCAUCAUCGAGUCCUGUGAUGCAGAAAGUGACCGUGGGGUCAGUCGAGGAGGCCGGCUUGAGCUUAGGAAAUAAACAACAAGCCCAAAAUGAAACAUUAAGAGGUGCUUGGCUGGACAAGAUAACAACGCAGCGACUGAACGAGCUCAACCAGCUGAGUCAAGAGGAGGUGAAACGUAUCAAGAGAUUGAGGGCCGAGGUCGUCUCACCAACACAGUGGGCUGUGAGAGCUGAGCAGGAGGCUCGAGAGAAAAUCCAGCCCCUUCUGGACGAGGCCAAGAAUCUUGGCGAGUCCAAAAGUAGGAGCAGCGCAUCUCUGAGGAAUAAGCUGUCAGAGCAGGCUGCAAAGAGGGUAGAAGACAAUGCUGAGCAGCUAGGUGAAGCCCUUCUAGAUGACCUCUUAGAGGAUGCUGCACGGGCGGCGUGGACGGUCAAGAUGGAUGAACAGCUGGAAGGCGUCACCCAUAGGAUGAUGCAAUCCCCCACCCUGGAGGGUAUGCUGCUUCGCAUGGAGGAGAUACAGAAGGACCAGGAAGAAGUGAGGAGACGCUUUACCUCUAUUGCCUACUCAGACCCUAUUCAGUGGGGACAGCCAGCAGGCUCUCAGGAUCAAGUUUCCUGUUCCAGGCCAAGCUCUCCACAGCCCAUUAGACUGACGAGGUUGGUGCUGAGGCAGCCUGAAGCAGCUAAUAUUGUUCUGGAGAAACCCGUGGAGACCGGUGUCCCUUCUGAGAGCAGCCUGACAGAGGAGACACCACAAGAAGAGCAGCAGCCAGGAAACAGUGUUGCGAUAUUCCCGGGUCCCAAGGAGCAGAGCACCAGGACGGUCAUCAGCGUGCCAGGUAGCAUGCUGAGAAGCAUCCGACGGUACCGGGACGAUUACGAUACCUACCUGUGUGAUGUGGCACAUGAGGCGGGCGGAGGAUUCAACUCCUGGUCCAUUGCAGACAGCUUGGCAGACGAGUUGCUGUGGGACGCCGUAGCCGACGUGGCGGCAGAGUUUCAGGAUGUGAUGGAGGAGUGCGCAGAGGCCAUCUUCACCUGCGAGUUCCUGCAGAUGAUUCAGUCUCCCACUGCCUCCUCUUCCGCUGUGGUUAUCCAAUAGGUGAUCACAACUUUAAGGACAAUUUUUUUAUAGUCACGUGUCUUUUUCUGCAUCAUUGACUGUCAAGAUGUUUUUGAUUUACUUAGUAUUUAUUUAGCACAAAGGGAUUUAAUUGGGAGUUUCUGUAUUGGGGUCCCUCUCCACCAACGUUUUUUAAAUAAAGCUGCAGCAAGAUUGCCUCACUGCAUUGCACUAUUACACUGUGAGCUAUUUCUCUUUCUGGUCCAUCUCUUAUGUGAGAUUGUAUUCCACAGAGAAAAUUAGUUUAGAUAAGCUUUGAGAGACCAUUACGACAUUACGGGGGGAUUAUAAGAUUACCAAACUCCCCUUCGCACGUAUUUCUGAUCUCCUGCACGGAUUACUCAUACUUUCUAUUUGCAGGUUUGAAUGUUGGGUCUAUAUGAUGGCGUUAUGACGUUGAGGGGCGUCGUGUUAAAUGGGUUUGGCCUGCAUGCUGAGAGCAGGAUUUUCUUCACAUGUGAAGCCACUUAUGUUUACUUACUUCAUUUAUAAUAACAAUUUAAAACGCAAAACAAACAGGAUGUUGGGUUGACCCCUUGACAGUGAUUUGCAGACAUACAUGUCUGCGGGGGGAUUGUGUGUGGGCGGCCGCAUAAAGCUUCCAUAAGUUCCUGCUUGUCUUCGUCAGGGGUGAACUGGAAGUGUCGUUUGUUGUCUUUGCAAACACAUCUGAGAUUAUUCUGUUGCGUCCGGGCACAGAUUAUUCAUCGAUGUUCUGUGUCAGUAGAGAGAUGUUUCAAAGAUAAGGCACAGCUGCCAAACCAAAGAAGAGGAAUCAGCUUCCCUGCUGAUAUAAAUACUUUCACAUGCUUAGAUUUUUGCAUGGUUGUGUUUUUUUCCAAAAUUUGUUUUUAACUCACAAUAAAAAUCCCCACAGGUGCUUGAAUCGGGAUGUAGGUGUUUUCAAGGGUGCAUGAACGCUGCAUAAAGUGCUUGGAUUUUCAAUUGUUUAUUUCCCAACAAACACCUAUCUCACCAAAUACUCUUCAGAAAACUGUACUAGCUAGCUAGAUAAUGUAAAUGCUCCAAUUAUAGCCAAGGAGUUUAUUUGCUUAAACUACAAAGAGAACGUGUCGUCAGUUUGAAGCAGGUGAUAAUUGGACAGAGGCUGUUUAGUUUUUUGUUUUUUUAAAAACUGUAAUAAUGAUUCGGAGUGCAUGGAAAAAUCUUUUUCACCAUGCUGAUUUACGAACAAGUAUAUUGCACAGCAGCAGCAGAACCAAUGUUGUAGUACCGUCAAGGAGCCAGCUCAUCUGCUCAGCCAGUAUUCAUACCGCUGAUGCAGAGCAACAACAGAGUAAGUAGGGCAACCAACCUUUUAAAGCGCAUGCAGAGGUAGAUAAAGCUGCUGGAUGCUGUCCAUUGGUGAUACUUGAAAUGCAGCUACUGUUAAAGCCCUGUUAACCCGGUGCUAAUAAGAUACCCCAGCAGUUAUUUGGUUUUGCAGACCACGCACCCGGCAACUAUAUGAGACU